AUGGUCAAGGCUGUUGCUGUUAUCCGCGGAGACUCCAAGGUCUCCGGCACCGUUACCUUCGAGCAGGCUGACGAGGCUGCCCCUACCACCAUUUCUUGGAACAUCACCGGCAACGACCCCAACGCUGAGCGUGGUUUCCACGUUCACCAGUUCGGUGACAACACCAACGGCUGCACCUCCGCUGGUCCCCACUUCAACCCCUUCGGCAAGACCCACGGUGCCCCCCAGGAUGAGGAGCGUCACGUCGGUGACCUCGGCAACUUCCAGACCGACGCUGAGGGUAACGCCGUUGGCUCCAAGCAGGACAAGCUUGUUAAGCUGAUUGGUGCUGAGAGCGUUCUUGGCCGCACUCUGGUCGUCCAUGCCGGCACUGAUGACCUCGGCAAGGGUGGCAACGAGGAGUCCAAGAAGACUGGUAACGCUGGUCCCCGCCCUGCUUGCGGUGUCAUCGGUAUUGCUGCUUAA